GUCGCCUCCCGGCUGUGGCAGCGGCGGCGGCGCGCCUGCCUGGCGGCCGUCGGCGUGCUCCUGGCCAUGGCGCUGGGACUGCUCAUCGCCGUGCCUUUGCUGCUGCAGGCGGCGCCCCCCGGCGCGGCGCACUACGAGAUGAUGGGCACCUGCCGCAUGAUCUGCGACCCAUACAGCGCUGCACCCGGCGGAGGGCCGGCAGGCGCCAAGGCUCCGCCGCCUGGACCCAGCACUGCCGCCCUGGAAGUCAUGCAGGACCUGAGCGCCAACCCUCCGCCCCCUUUCAUCCAGGGACCCAAGGGCGACCCGGGGAGACCCGGCAAGCCGGGGCCGCGGGGGCCUCCAGGAGAGCCGGGCCCACCUGGACCCAGGGGUCCCCCGGGGGAGAAGGGCGACUCGGGGCGGCCCGGACUGCCCGGGCUGCAGCUGACGGCCGGCGCGGCAGGCAGUGUCGGGGUGGGGGGUGGCGGAACCGGGGGCGGUGGCGACUCUGAGGGCGAAGUGACCGGCGCGCUGAGCGCCGCCUUCAGCGGUCCCAAGAUCGCCUUCUACGUGGGUCUUAAGAGCCCCCACGAAGGCUAUGAGGUGCUCAAGUUCGACGACGUGGUCACCAAUCUCGGCAAUCACUAUGACCCCACUACCGGCAAGUUCAGCUGCCAGGUGCGUGGCAUCUACUUCUUCACCUACCACAUCCUCAUGCGCGGCGGAGACGGCACCAGCAUGUGGGCGGACCUCUGCAAGAACGGGCAGGUCCGGGCCAGCGCCAUCGCGCAGGACGCUGACCAGAACUAUGACUACGCCAGUAACAGCGUGGUGCUGCACCUCGAUUCAGGGGACGAGGUGUACGUGAAGUUGGACGGCGGGAAGGCGCACGGAGGCAAUAACAACAAGUACAGCACGUUCUCCGGCUUUCUUCUGUACCCGGAUUAGGGGUGCAGGGAGCGAGAGGUGGGGUGGCUUCGGGCUGCUCUGUGCCCAUAGGGGCACUCUCUUCCCCGGCGAGGACCACUCUCUCUUCAUGACACUUCCUGACAUCGUCGGAAAAGACACAACCCUGCUGUCCUUCCUGCCCCACUCCUGACCUCAGUGUGUCUGCAACUCACCACGCUGUUGGCUGUGCUCCUGGUUCUCCUCCCCAACCUGGGGAGGGAGAGGGGGAUGCCUAAGUGGCAAAAUGAGCGUGAACCUGAACCCGUGGUGUGGUGGCAGCAUAGACUUUGCAAAUCUGAUUGGACUGGACAGGCCUGGCGGGGUGCCUGCCCUCCUCCUAUCCUCCUCCUCUGAGGGCUCCUAGCCUUGGCCUCUGGGAGGUAGGCCAAAGUGAGCAUGAGCUCCCUGGCGUGCCCUUCUUUGUGACCUGAAAUACUUGUGCAAAUGUCCCUAUUGGUCAGCCAAAAUCCUACCCUCAGCAGAAUCCCAACAAACGGAACACCCACCUCUCCAUCGCGUUCCUGCCUCAGCCCCAUCCACCUCGAUGCAUUAAAUUAUGUUUUUAGACUAUGGUCUCUGAUGUCUCUGUCAGCGUGGCCCCAGUAUGGGGCUUCCAGAUGUUCACCUUGACAUAAAGACCCAGAAUAGCUCUGUCUAUGCCCUACUUGCUAGACUCUGCCUUGUCUCUGCCACCUGGCCUGGGUGAAAAGAUGUGGGGAGAUGGGACAGCAACCUGUCACCCUUUGGGGGGAGUCUCCACAGGGCUGGGGUGCAGCCCUGAGCCAGAGAGACCCAGAGGAGGUGCAAGGGACAACAGGAGAGUGAGAUUUGAAUCUUUAGGAACCCAGCCUCAUGGGAGGAGGUCAAAGGGCAGGAGUUUCUGGAGAAGGAAAGGGAAAAGGAGACAUUUCUGGAAAAGGAGAGGCAUGAAUGAGGUAUUUGCCAUCAGGUGAUCUCUGAUAUGUUUGUCUCUAAAGGGAAAAUUCCCAAAGAAACACACCCACUCAGGCACAUAGUACACUCAGCACAUGGCCAUUAACUUACAACAGCUGGGUCCAUAACUCUCCAAGGAGCUGGUAGACUGAGGCGAUUCUGUGGACCAUCCGGCUCCCUGAGUUCACCCUGAGCUGUAUGGUGACAUAGACUUUCGCUCACAUGGAACACCCCUUUUGGAUCUUGCCUUCCCUUGUGCACAGCGGUGUGGGGCACCAGCUCUGAACCUGUGUUUUUGCCCCCCCACCCCUUCUUA